AUGGCCGCGGCCGUAGGGAAGAUCGAGGUCGAGGACGAAGAGAGCAUCCUCCGCCAUGACGACGACGAUCAUGACUUCAUGACCGCCAAGGCGUACAUGUCGACGUCGGGCUCAUGCACGCCUACGGACGGCCUCUCGCCCAAGUCGGACUCGCCCGAGGUCGACCAGACGCCAACCUUACCCAAGGUGCUCGAUCUGGCUAGCCGCAUGCAGCCGUUCCUACGGCACGUCCGGUACGAGUCCAAGGGACCUCUCUUUCUCGAUCUGAGCUCCCGCCCACCACCGCAUCUCGGCGCCGUCAUCAAGUCGUUCCGGCCCACAAGCCAUGGCGGCAAGAGCGAGGCGGAAAGGUCCGGGCUUGUCGCGAUCGGCGACAUGGUCAUUUCGCUCAACGCUAUCGACUGCACGCAGCUUCCGUUUGGCCAGAUCAUCAAGGAGGCGACGCACGCCACGUUCCCGCUGACGCUGACCAUCUUGCCGAAAGCGCACGUCCCCGACUUCUUCCCGACCGCGUCGCACAUUGACACGAGCAAGCACCGUCGCAACAGCUCGCUUGGCGACCUCCCGUCCAUGCCGUCGACGCCACCCGCAGCUGGUACGAGCCGCUGGGCCGCCGCCGUCGGCACCAAGUUUGGCCAGAUCUUUGACGGCCGCACAUCAAAGCGGGCCUCGUUCGGCAACGACAUGCUGACCAAACCGGCUUACGAGAGCCCGCGCCACGCCUCCUUCACCGAGUCGCCUGCGGCAAGUGUCUCGUGGACCUCGCCACCGCCGCAACCAAUAAGCCAGCCACCGUCGCCGCCGCCUCAGGGGGACAGCAACUUUCACAGCAAAUUCAAGACCUGGCAAGACUCGAUUUCGCUCGAGAAAGUGAGCCGAACGUCGACGACGCUCCUCUCCAAGAUGCUCCCGGGCAAGCGCCAUGACGAAGCGCUCUCGAGUCUCGUGCGUAGCAUUUCGAUCCAGCCCGAGACCACAACGCCCGAUGCAAGCGUCUACCACACCACGUCGCUGCACGUCGUCGCCGCGUCCCGAAGUCUUGUGCCCCACGAAGACGAAGGCGACGUCCAGUUCCAGUGGUACCGGUCGACGUCGCCCACCGAGUGUUUGAAGCUUCGUGGCGCCACGCAUGAACGCUACGAGCCGUCGCUGGACGAUACAGAGGCGCUGCUGUACGUGCAAUGUCAUGGCCAGCCGCGUCACGACGGCGCGUCGCCGACGCGCGGCAAGGUCGCCGUCUACGGCCCUAUCGUCCUCGACCCGUCCAUCAAGGAGACGGUGCAAAUGGUCGUCGAGGCCGGCUCCGGCUCCUUCGAUGGCCUCACGCUGCUCAAAAUCGCCGAAGACGAGUGCGGCGUCGUCGUGCACGCCGACUACUCGGUCGAGACGCACAUCUACCUCGACGCGGCGGACGCCCUGGGCUUUGUACUGCGCUUCCAAGCCACGGGCGCCGUCGUUGGCACGCGCCCUCUCGAGUCGUGCUCGUUGGACAUGAAGCAUCUCGGCGCCAUCCACCUCGUCGCGCAGACGCCGGCGUCGCGCGACAUCAUCGCGCUGGCGCUGCGUACGUUCCGGAACGCGCUGCUGUCGACGGAGGCGGUCGCGUCGCUUCGGGCGAUCGAAGCAGCGUAUGCGGGCACCUUGAUUGAAAAAACAGUUCUCGAACAUCUCAUGGACGACGACGCGGAAGACGCAACGACCGAGGGCUUGGACCCCGUGCUCAAGCCGCAACUCAAGCGCAGUGCGUCGACCAAAGCCGUCGAUGACGCAGCGCUCAUCGCCGACCUCCGCCGGCAACUGGCGUCGCAAGCACUCGUGAUCAAGGCCACGCAGAACGAACGGAACUUGAUGGCGAUCGCAGUCGAGGUCCGCGACCGCAAGCUCGACGACGCCACCGCCGAGGCCACGCAGCUGCGCAGUCGAUUGGAGGCCCUUCUCUCGGAGCUCGCGACCGCCAGAAUGGCCAACGAGCGCAGCAAAAAGUUGGAAGCCACGACGCAGAGUCUCGAGGAGCUGGUGCGUGCGCUCGAAGCCAAGAAAAGUACAGCCGACAUCGCGCUUGCGGCGACCCACGACAUGAAUCGUGAGCUGGAAAAGCAGCUUCAAGGCGUCGACAGCGAUGCCCGCAAGGUGCGCAUGGACCUGGUCGAGCUGCAGCAGCAGCACAUGAAGCUCAUCGAAGAGCGCAACGGGCUCAAAGCCAAAGCUACCGGUCUCGCCAACGAACUCAAGCGGCUCGUCAAGGGGGGUCGGUCGAUUGCCGACAUUGAGGCGCAGCUCAAGGACCGAUCCCGUCUGCAAGUCGAGCUCUCGGUCGCCAAGGCCAACAUCAAGCGGUACCAGGACGAAGCGGCCGAGUUUGAAGAUGCGCUCCAGUCGCAGACCAAGCGCCGGGACUCGGCGAUGCGGUACGACAUUGCGCGGGUGCAGAGCCAGAACGCCGAGCUGCAGCGGCUCGUGGCGCAGUUUUCGACGUCGCUGAGCGAAAAGGAGGCCGAGAACGCGCGCCUCCAGCGAGCCAACCACAUGCUCUUGAGCAAACUGCCGACGCCCACGAAGCUCCAGCUCCAGCUGCAGAAAUCCACGUCGUUCCAGAUGCAGCAACAACUCGUCUUCCACGACGACGAUGAAGACGACGACAGCGACGAUGAAGACGACAGCGACGAUUAA